GGCUCGAGAGCGCCGCCUUGGGGCUCGUCGCAGGUGGGAGGGAGUUACUAAAAGCCGGCCGCAGCCCGCCAAACCCAGGGCCGAGGGCACCGUAACCGACCCGGGCCGCGGGACCCCGGACAGUCGGAGGCCUGGCCCGUCGCCGAGAGGUGUGGGCCGCCCCGCACAGCUUCCCGUUAGCGCUGACUGGCGUUCGGGGAUCGUUUGCUCUUUCGAUGUCUGUAAUUGCUUCGUGCUUGUAACCGAACCCCAGAGGGAGUUUUCAGAAGACUCAAAAGUUAAAUACGAUUUAAAUUAGUUCAAGCUCCGGUGUCCUGUUGGGAUCUAACAUCUAUAAACAUGAGAGACCAGAAAUAGCUGGAAUGCUAUCCUAAACCAAAAAAAAUCUAUUUAAAUACUUUUUUAAUGUUGCUUAAAUGAAGAAAGAUAUGUUAAACAUCCAAAACUCCACCUGAUAACUAUUGAGACACUGGUCAAUAUGUCGCUCAAUCCAAGUCGACCGUCUUCAUCAGAGUUGGUGGAACUUCAUGUUUUUUAUGUCCCUGAAGGAUCGUGGAACUAUAAAUUAAAUACUAUUUCAAUAGAAGUUAUUAACAACUUUAUUUCUGCUGGAUUUAUAAGAGUGUCUCCUCAACUUACUUUACAAGCUCUGAGGGAGCGUCUUGGUGAGUUUCUUGGUGUAGAUGCUGUUGCAGAAAAAUUUUUAUUUCUGAAAUGCAUUGGAAAUAAUUUAGCUGUGGUAAAGGAAAAGCAAGAAUCAGAAUUGAAACUCAAGUCAUUUGCUCCUCCAUAUGCACUUCAACCAGAAUUAUAUUUGCUUCCUGUAAUAGAUCACUUAGGAAAUGUUUAUUCAGCGUCGACAGUUAAUUUAGACGAACAGCAGAGUGUUGAUGAUACUAUGGAGAUUGACGGAACAAUCCACAGACCAGAUAGUUUGUCUUUGUCAAAGGAUGAACCUGGAGAUCCAAGUUUGUUGGAAAAUACAUGGAGAGACUUUCCAAAUCACGAAGAAGCUGAGGAAAGCCAGCCUACACAACAGCACUUUGGAAAUCCCAGGUUGCCAGGAUCAUUGGAAGAGUCAGAUGAUUGUUUGGGGAACGUAAAAAGUCCAUUCCUUUGGAAAAAUAAUGAUGAGGAUGAGGGUGAGGAGGACGAUAAGGCAACCAUCAACAGAAGGCAAGCCAAACUGGUGUGCGACAAGGAGCACAGCGCCCUGCCAGAUCUGAUUGAUUUUCCUUCAUUUCCUUCUCAACGUGUUUCUUCAAGAUUAGUGGAUACCUCAUUAUUGAAAAUUGAGAGAGAAAAGAUUAUUGAACAAAUGAAGCAAGUAAAGGAAGAACGGAAAUAUCUGGAAAAUAUUAGAGAAGAACUAAUUAAAAAAGUUGAAAAGCUGUUUGAACAAAGUAAAUCAAAACGAUAUCAUGUUUGUGUUUUGUUUGUAGCCUGUGAUAGCUGGAAGAAAAAAUAUUUUGACACUAAGAAAGUCACAGCAUCAUUGGAGGAAGUCUUAACAAAACUUCGAGAAGAUUUGGAACUUUACUAUAAAAAACUGCUCAUGCAGCUUGAAGCCAGGGAGAUCAAGAUGCGACCAAGGAAUCUGGCAAACAUCUCAGAUUCUAAGAAUUAUCUUAUAAUCCAGAUCACCGAAGUACAACAUGCUAUUGACCAACUUAAGAGAAAGUUGGAUACUGAUAAAAUGAAACUCAUAUUAGAAGUUAAGAUGAGGAAACAAGCAGCUUCGGAUUUACAGACAUUAAGAGCUGAUCUGACACAGAAGAAAAUGGGUACACCUUUCCGAUCUCCAAUAUGUAUGUUCAUUUAUCUCUUGAAAUUUUAAAUACUUAAUUGAACAAAAUUUAAAAUAGAUUUAAUUUUUAUUUUUUGUGCAUGUAGUGCAAAUUAUAGCAUAAAUCUAUAUAGUAGCUGUUUAUUUUAAAGAUUUUGAGUCUAUUACCUAUUUUGUAGUACUAUAUUUUAUAAUUGCUUAUUAUUUAAUAAACUUAAAUUAUAGGCCAAUAUAAUGGCAAAAUUAAUGAUUAGCAAAACAUGUAUUUCAGUAAAUACCAGUGUAUUUGCCAGGAUAUAUAAUUUUGUUAAUCACAUUUUGAUUAAAAACAAUUUCAACUACAACAAAUUUGUGUCUAAUAAUUUAAUUUGUAUUGAUUUUAGAAAUGUAAGAUGAAUCUUAGAAAUAUAAUUAUUCAACAUAUACCAUGGGAGUAAAUAGUUUUACUGUCAUAAAUAACUAUGUAAAUAGAAAAUACAGUAUUGUCAUAGCAGAUAGGUGAUAAAUCAUUCAUUCUAAUUUGGAAGGGGAUUAUAUGUAAAGAAGAUAGGAAUUAUGUAAUGGAGUUCAAAGGAAAUAAUAAAAUGUAAUGAUUUGUUUUAUUUGUA